AUGGCUCUUGAUCUGAAGAAUCUCUCUUCCCCUCAAGUGGUCACAUUGUGGCCCCUUGUCCUUGGCCUUGGGGGUAUCUUCCUCUUGGUGAGGAGCUUCUACAGACUGUUCCUUCACCCUCUUUCCCAUAUUCCAGGCCCAAAGAUAGCAGCCAUCAGCCAUGCGUAUGAAUUCUACCACGAUGCUGUUCGUAAUGGAAUGUACCUCUGGGAGAUCGAGAAGAUGCACGAAAAAUAUGGUCCCGUUGUGAGAAUCAAUCCUCGCGAACUUCACAUUAAGGAUCCUUACUACUAUGAUGAAGUAUACGCUCCAGCAUCAAGAAAGCGAGAAAAGGACCCUCAUUUCGUCGGCGUAUUUGGAUUUCCAACCUCCAUGAUCGCGACAGUGGGCCACGAGCAUCAUCGCCUUCGUCGGGGAAUGCUUAACAAUUUCUUCUCUAAGAAAUCAGUUUUGGAGCUCUCAUCUAUUAUGCAUGAGAAAGAGGCGAAACUAAUGCAACGCCUAGAAAAGGCACAUUAUGAUGAUGCUGUGGUCCGACUGGAUGAUGCCUAUGCAGCUUUGACGUCAGACGUUAUCUCGCAUUAUUCGUGGGGUACCAGCUCUGGAUUUCUGGAUGACGACAAUUUUAAGAAUGAUAUGCGCGAAGCUCUAAAUGAGAUUUCCUCAUUCGUCCACAUCAACAGAUUCUUCCCCAUACUCGGCUUUCUCAUGGGGGCUUUGCCGCGCUCGGUUCUGGCUCGAAUUCGGCCAGGUGCCACAGCAGUUCUGGAUAUGCAAGAUAUGGUCACGCAAUCCCGCACGCAGAGGUCCAGCAAAGACACGCGGAAGACCAUAUUUGACGCAUUGACAGAUGUGAAUGUCCCGCCCGAGGAAAGGUCGACUCGUCGACUCGAAGAUGAAGGAUUGAUUGUAGUUGUCGCGGGCACCGAAACCACGGCGAGAACAUUAACAUUAGCUUCGUACUACAUCUUCCAAAACAAGGAAAUGCUAGAGAGACUUCGCAGUGAAAUUAAAACAGUAAUGCCCACUCCGACCACGGAAGCGUCAUGGUCAGAGCUAGAGCAGCUCCCUUACCUGAACGCCGUUAUCAAUGAGGCGAUUCGCCUAUCUCAUGGUCCUAUAUUUCGAUCAACUCGAGUUGCACCAACCGAAUCUUUAACGUACAAGGAUAUAGUAAUUCCACCGGGGACGCCGGUCAGCAUGAGCAGCUACUUUGUUCACAUGGACCCCCGUGUGUUCCCCGAACCAGCAAGCUUCAAACCAGAGCGAUGGAUCGAGGCCGCAAAGAACGGCCAACAUUUAAAUAAGUACAUUGUAUCCUUUAGUAGAGGAAGUAGGAUCUGCCUUGGGAUGAACCUAGCUUAUGCGGAGUUAUACAUGACAUUAGCUUCUAUGAUUCGACGAUUUGACAUAGAGCUUUACGAAACCGGGCCGGAAGAUAUUCGUAUUGAUCGUGAGAUGGGCAUCGGACAGCCAAGCAAGGGUGACUUCAUAUUGCGUGCCAAAAUUACCAAGGUUAUGAAGGAGUAGAUAAUGCGAUCAUUGACGAAGGUUGAUGAUCUGAAGUGAGCCUAGGAAUGCCUCUCAUAGCGAUUAGCUACUUGCUAAAUAGAUAGCAAUAAGAUCC